GAGAAUUCAGUACGUGAAGUCUCAGUAUUCAGACACACAAGUAUCUCUGAACCAUUCUGGACAGCUUCGUCAUGGUGGGACUGGUGUUGUUCAUCGUUUUCAUCACAGGUUCCUUUCACGAGAUUCAAAUUCAAGCUCUUCUUCAACCUAAACUGGUAGUGAGUAGACCGGUGAUCACAGAGACAGACACAGUCACACUGGACUGUCAGUGUCCACCUGAUGCGAUUCAGUGUUAUUUCUACACUGACGUAGAAGAAACCAAAAUCUCCUCAUGUCAGAAGACACUGUCAGGGAGCGAGCUGCUGCUGAUGGCAGGUCAGAGUUCCCCCGCUGAGGUUGAAGUGAGAUGUUUUUACACUGUAAGGUCUGGAGAUACACAUCCUCCGUCUCCACACAGCGAAAUAUCCGCCAUCACCAUACACAAAACUGUGGAAAUCGAGUCACACACGAUGCAAACUACGCAAUUUCCUAUGACCUCAGGACCUCCUACUUCAACUCCUGUAACGUCUAUAAAAGGUCUGACUGUCAGCACAUCGAGGAACACUAGGGAACAUGCUAUUUUUUCUUCGCCAACGCCAGGGAAACCGGGACCUCCUACUUCAACUCCUGUAACGUCUAUAAAAGGUCUGACUGUCAGUACAAGGAACCCUAUGGGAAAUGUUAUUUCUACUCUACGAACGCCAGUGAAAGUAGCAUCAGUUCUGACUGUCACCACAUCGAGGAACGCUAAGGAACAUGUUAGCACUUCGUCGCCAACGCCAGGGAAACCAGACAUGAGGAUGUGGACACUGAGGGCACUGGCAGUUACAGCUGUUUUUGCAGUCACUGUGGGUUUCAUCUCACUGGGACUGACCUUUCUCUGCACCACUAGAAAAAUUGGUACCGAGAAACCGAAAAGACAAGAGCCUCAAAAUGAACAAUCGGUCAUUUACCACCAGUACGACACCAUCUCCGAGGAGCCGCCUGCAUCAGCCCCAAACAACAUGGUGUACAGCACCCUGCAGCCGAUUUAGAGGAAGACACAGGAGACUGCCCAAAGAUUUGUUUUUAAACCAUGUGUAAUUUUAGCCUCGUCUAUCAAACAGCAUUUUAUGAUCUAAUACUGAGAGAAAAUGAUGUGGUUAAUGCACGUGGUCUGGUGUUAAUCUGUAAACUGACAGGAAACUGCUGAGUCUCUGCUGGCUGUCUCUUUUUCUGUCAGAGAGGGACCAGCAGGUCGAGGUUGAGGGGUGUCACUCUGAACCUUAUUGAUUACUGAUUACUGCAUGCUACCUGAACAGGCACCUGCUGGGAUCUUCAUAAACAAAUCGAAGUGUUUGAUUUGACUUUCCUUAAAUAACUUUCAGUUUAGUUUUUUUUUUCUUCCGUAGAUUAAGGGCAGAGGAUUUGCACCUUGUUAAUCCCUAUGAGGCAAAUUGUGAUGUGUGAAUAUGGGCUAUGCAAAUAAAAUUUGAUUGAUGAAUAAA